UGCUCCUCUCUCACUCUCUCAAGGCUCCUCUCGGUUUAGGAGAAAUUUUCGCUGUAAUAAAAUAGGGUUAGAGAGAGAAGAGAGAGAGAGAGAGGAAGGCUAAGAGGGCCUUGUAUCAUCUAAACCCCACAAAUGUACAGAUUGAAAGUUGGGUUUUGCGAGAGAAAUACCCUAUGUUUUACCCCUCAUAAUUGAAAGACGAAGAAGGAAGACAAAAUAAACAAACAUUGAAUAACAGAAAAUGGGGGAUUUGUACGCCCUUGAUUUUGAUGGGGUAAUCUGUGAUAGCUGUGGUGAGAGCUCUAUCUCAGCUCUCAAGGCUGCUAAAGUGAGAUGGCCUCAACUCUUUGAAGGAGUGGAUUUGGAAUUAGAAGAAUGGAUCCUCGAUCAGAUGCACAUUGUUCGACCUGUCGUGGAAACUGGAUAUGAAAAUGUACUUCUUGUACGACUGUUGCUGGAAAUUCAGAAACCUACUAUACGGAAGUCCAGUGUUGCACCUGGGCUCAGUAUUGAUGGGAUUUUGGAGAACUGGUCCAAGCUAAAACCCAUCAUAAUGGAGGAGUGGAAUGAAGACAGAGACACUUUGAUAGGCUUAUUUGGAAAAGUGAGGGACGAAUGGAUAGAAAAGGACUUUUCAGGCUGGAUUGGUGCCAAUCGAUUCUACCCUGGUAUUGCAGAUGCUCUUAAGUUUGCAAGUUCAACUAUAUACAUUGUCACCACAAAACAGAGCAGGUUUGCUGAUGCCUUGCUACGCGAAUUAGCUGAUGUGACAAUCCCACCAGAUAGGAUCUAUGGCUUGGGAUCUGGUCCUAAACCAGAGGUGCUGAAGCAGCUCCAAAGACAACCAGAACAUGCUGGACUGAAACUUCAUUUUGUGGAAGACCGACUCGCAACCCUCAGGAAUGUCAUCAGAGAGGGUGAAUUGGAUGGAUGGAACUUGUAUCUAGUGCUCCUAAGGAUACAUCCACCUUCUGUUCCGCCUGAGGGAUUAAGUAAGUUGGAACCGCCGGGGUCAUUCAUCUGGUUCAGUUACUCUCCUACCAUCCAUCAAUGGGAAUGGACGACGGAUAUAGGUUAUCAUGGCCCAUUUGACUACAAUAUACUCUCUUAAUUUUUACUCUUGCUUAGAGGCAUUUUUUGUUUCAUAUUUGGACUUUUCUAAAUGAAAUAAUAGACAUUUGCUAAAAGUAUAUGAGCAUUCCAAUCAGGUUUACCCAAAAAUAUAUGAAAUGAACCUUUGGUAUCCUUUGUUGAAACCAGUGUUUUAAAAAACGGCGAGUUGAACCGGACUCGCCCGGUUUGACUCGAAAACAUGCGUGCUAGUGCCGGUUCCAACCGAAAACUGCUCGGGUUCUAGAGUGGAACCGCCUGUUCCCAUCUAGUUCAGCCCGGUUCUAGAGUGGAACCGUCGGUUCCCAUCUGAUUCAGCCCGGUUCUAAAGUGGAACAGUCGGUUCCCAUCCGGUUCAGC